GCUUCUGUGUCCUAGUACAGACAGGAGCGGAGAAGGUGGAACUGUGGCUGCCCGCAGAGUGAUGGGAAGACUCCAUCAGCUGGCCCUGAUAGGGCUCCUGCUGCUUUGCCUCAGCCCUGGGCAGCUCUGCGAGACCUGUGCCGUCAAUGAGGAGCAACGUCCCCUGGUGACCUCUCUGCUGAACACAAUGAUCCAGUCUAACGACGGCAGCGCAAUCCCUAAUCCCAACGUCCUGUUGGCUCUGAGACUGGCUCGGGACCACAGCCGCACCACAGAGAAGACCCUGCUGGCCCAGCUCGUAGAAAAUGCCAAAGACAAUGGGACGUCAAUGACCUCCGGAAAACUGGCCCUGCAUGUCCUGGCUCUAAAAGCCGCCUGCCAAGAGCCCAGGGUGGUCUUCUCAUCUGGCUCUAACCUGAUUAAUCUCUUGGAAAAGAAGUUCCAAGAGGAACUGGCUAACAUAAAGAAAACAGGCAAUCCCCUGACUAACUUUUUCCAGCUCAGCUUGGAUGUCAUGGCCCUCUGCCUCCUGAAGGGAGAUUAUUCACCCUCCAAGAUCGCGAACCUCUUCUCUCCCGGGUGGGAAAAGUACACUUUCGGCAGCCAGUUCUCUGUGGACACUGGGGCCGUGGCAGUCCUGGCUCAGAUCUGUGUGCAGAGGAUUAACAAGGAUGAGAAGAUUGAGAAAAACAUCCGGCAGCUGACCGAGAAGAUCCUGGAAUCGGAAGACAGAAGUGGCAUCAUUGGGAACCUCUACAGCACCGGAUUGGCUAUGCAGGCCCUGUCUGUAAGUGGAGACUAUUAUGAGAAUAAAGACUGGGACUGUAACCUAUCCCUGAGGAGGAUGCUGAAGGAGAUUCCCUUGGGAACAUUCAAACAGCCCACGGCUGCAGCCCAGCUCAUCCCAGCUCUGGAGGGCAAGACCUAUCUGGAUGUGACCAGAGGAUGCUGCGACUCGGAUCCAGAUAAUCUGACCCUUUCUUCCCCCUCGCCCACCGCUCCCACCAACCCGUCCACCAUCACGGUCACCUACAAGGUCACGGAUGGCAUUAGUAACACCUUCGCCGACUCCAUCGUCGUCUCGGUACCUCAGGGCUCUGUCUUCUUGAAGGUGAUGGAGGCAGCCCGGGACCAGGACCAGACUCGGUUUGGCUUCACCCAGAAACCCAGUGACUGGGGCCCAUACAUCACCUCGGUGCGGGGUCUAAAAGCAGACAAUAACCAGAGAACCUACUGGCAGCUUCUGAGUGGAGACGAACCUCUGAGCCAAGGUGCCGGGAACUACGUGGUCUCUGACGGAGAGAUCCUGGAAGUCAAAUUCACCAACUACUGAAGUCUUGGGAGGAAAGACGACAAGGAGCCCGAGCCCAGGCCUCUUUCGGCUGGAAAUACCCAUCUCAUAUAACACUUUCAGAGCCUCCUUGAAGACCAAUGGGCCUUUCUCCCCUCUUCUCCAUCUCAACCGUAGUAGUGAAAUACGGGAGCCCGUUUCCUCUCUGGGCCUUUACAAUAAAGAGCUACGGGUAGAGCAGGAUCGGAUACAACCACCUUGCAUUUCUGAGCUGGAUGUGUCAAAUUAAAAGUGUUGCCAAAAGCC